AUGAUACUUGGAAUUGGAAUUGAUAUUAUCCAUUUACCACGUAUUAAAGAUCUCUUAACGCGUAAACCGACGUCCCUAUUACAAUUUUCUAAAAGAAUUUUAUCAGAUAGAGAGCUGAAAGAAUUUAAUGAAAGAGAUGAGCUCGAUAAUAAUGUUAAAUUCCUGGCUGUUAGAUGGACUUUAAAAGAAGCGGCUUAUAAAGCUUUAUUUCCUUAUCAUCGAAAACCACAAUUAAUUAUACACGAACAAAAACAAGAAAUCAACAUUAGUAACGUUCAUUCUUCUGUUUCACAUGAUGGCGAAUAUGUCAUCUCGCAAGUUUUAAUUGAAGGUACAACAAAUAAAAAGUUUUAA